CCCUACCAAAGAAAGGAGGAUCACACACCGGCAGAUAUUGAAAUUGUAAGUGCGGACACCACAUUUUGUAAAAUCACUGAACCCUGAGCUGACUUGCAGUACAAAGGCAGCCAUGCAGGAUGAAGAUGGAUACGUCGCCUUAAAUGUUAAAACUCAAAAGCCAGGUCUCUCCUCAGUCGAGUCUGCUUCCUCCUCCUGGUGGCGUGUGGUGGCUUUGAUUCUGCUGGUCGUGUGCAUGGGGAUGGUCGUCAGCAUGGUGGCUCUGGGGAUUAUAUCUGUCACACAGCAAAAUUACCUACGAACUGAAAAUGAACAUCUAUCAGGAGCUCUACAACAAUUAGCAAAGAACUUCUGCCAAAAUUUAUCCAAACAAUCAGAACCAAAAAGCCAUAAAUGCAGCCCAUGUGAACCAAAUUGGAGAUAUUAUGGAGAUAGUUGCUAUGGAUUCUUCAGGCACAACUUGACAUGGGAAGAAAGUAAGCAGUAUUGCACUGACAAGAACGCUAUUCUCGUGAAGAUUGCCAAUCAGAACAUUCUGGAAUACCUGAAAGGUAGGACUGGUUUAAUUCGUUGGAUUGGAUUAUCUCGCCAGAACUCUAAUGGGACCUGGAUGUGGGAAGAUGGCUUGGUUCUCUCCAAAAAUAUGUCUGUGCUUUCUGAAGAUGGAAGAGAAAAUAUGAAUUGUGCUUAUUUUCAUAAUGGGAAAAUCCACCCUACUUCGUGUAAGAACAAACAUUAUUUAAUGUGUGAGAAGAAGGCUGGCAGGGUAAACCUGGAUCAACUACUUUAAUGCAAAGAGAUAGACAGGAUAUCACAGACAAAUGCAUGAAUGCACAAUAAAACAUCUGGAUGAGGAAAUCCCUAGCCAUAAAAUUGCUUAUUUAACUCUUUCUUCUCCUUGGAGUCAGUUUUUGUAUUAUCUUUGCUAUCAAAACCACUUACCCAGUUAAUUCUUUGAACAUCCAAAAGCCAAGAUGUGAGUUAAUCAUUUGCUUCCCAAUUAUUCUAUUUUCCAUCAGUUUUCUUUGUUCUUGUUUUUUGUUCCUACUUAUAUGAACAUAGUAUGAUUCACUGCAUCUUCUGAUAUAUAUGUGUGUAUAUAUAUAUAUAAUUAAAAUCAGGACAAGAAAUGUUAGGGCUUAAUUGACUUAAGUUGUACAAAAUAUC